GCUCGCGGCGGCAUCAGGGCACUGGGCGCGGGUAAAAGAAAGCUGCUGCCUUUCCUCCUGCUCCUUCCUAGUGCGUGGAGGUGGAGCAGUGGGAGCAACAGCUACCUUGCCGUGUCCUCCUCUCCCUCCUCUCUCCUCCUGUCGGCGGCAAUCUCCGCGGAAGCCGAGCUCCAUGGCCGCCGCAGCCAGGCCGUAGCGCCGGCCGAAUCUAAGAUUAUACGGGGAGGUGGGUCCAUUCUUCUAUGAAGUUCUGUUGCUCGCUGCUAACAUGAGCAUAAUAGGUUGUCUCUUUCUGAAGCUGAAUUGGUGAAUUGAAGCAUAGUUAUUGAUCUUGUGAGGGCUCUCAUUCUAUAACUCAAAGUGAGAUUGUCCUUGCAAAACCCAAAUGCCAUGGCUGAUGGCAAGUACGAGCCUGCUGGAGAGGGGUUACCUGACGGUUGGUUGAAAGAAUGCAGACCUAGAAAGAAUCGAAAUGGAUCUAGAAUCAAGGGUGACAUGUUCUAUAUUGACCCAGUCAAUGGAUAUGAAUUUCGCUCUCUUAAGGAUGUGUACCGCUAUCUUGAAUCUGGAGACAUCAGUCAAUGUGUUACAUUGCCAAACAAGAGAAAAAUUGAGGACCUGCAUACUGCAGGGGACCAAUCUGAUCAUACAGGGAAACCAUCAGAUCACACACAACCGGAUACUGAUGUUGAGUCCAAUGAAUAUCAUAUACCAAGAGGUACGAACACACUGAGAAAUGUCCAAAGGGAAGCUGUUCGAGUUGAAGCUUCAGAGUCCGAGAGCAUCCAAUCAGGCUUGAUAGAACACACUCCAGGAAAAGCUGAAUCUGUUACUAGGACAGGAGCGAAUGCGGAGCAGAGACCCAAGGAAAAGAAACGCAAAACUAAACCUGUCAAAGGGAUUGCUACACCUCUUCGAUCAUCACCUCGUUUAGCUGCACUGAAGAUUAGCCAGGAAGCAAACAAUAGUGCGCCAAGAGAUGAACUUAUCAGCACAAAUUCAGACAUCACCAAUCAGUCACAACCAAAGCAAGCCCAGAAACCUAGGCGAAAGUCUAAUUCCUCUGUACUUCCUGAGAGGAAAGAUGAAAGCUCCUCAGAAAAGUUUGAAGACAAGUACCCUUCAGUUCCCAAUCAAGUUCAAGGAGCAUCAGUCCCUAACUCUUCAGGAGAUGCUGCAUGCCAGAAUGCACCAGCUGGGGCACCUGUUCUGCCACAACAAAUUGGACAAGGUGGAACAUCUGAUAAUAAUAUGCCUGGAUCAGCCCUGUCAUCGCUAUUUCGACAUGUCUGGUCAGACCCAUGCCUUGUGUUUGCGUUCAGGACUCUGAUGGGUGAUAUCCCUGUUCUAAAUGACACUCUAGCAUAUCGAUCUUCAGCUUAUGAUGGAAACAGAAGCUACUUUCUUCCACCACAGAAUCUGAAUAAAGGGGCGGCACCCAACUGGUCCUCUUCGGCUUAUGAUGGUAACAGAAACCACACACAAGUCGAUCAUGUUAGUCUCUCAGUGCCAAGGCCAUCAGAUAAGUUCUACGGCAGUGGUUGGUUCCCUCCGCAGUGAAUUCCAUCUGGGGAAUAUGAAACAGAGUUCUUACCUUGCCAUCUCAUGUCCUAAUUGUAGUCUUCUUAGCGCUAUUUGUUAGGGAUCUCGACAAGCAUGCACGUUGGAAACAAGGCUGCAGCUUGUAACUGUGUAGGGGAUCCAUCACUAAUAACGUAAUAUAGCUGCCGCAUGCUUCCUUGUGCUCAUGGGAUCAGUCUAAUUCACAGGAAGCAAAAGGCAAAAGCAUUCGCUACUUUCUUUUGUUUGUAUUAUUGUAGUAAUAAUUUGAUCAUGUAUUCACUUCUAGUAUCGUUAGAGCAGACUUGAUAUGCUCGUAGUGCUAAUGCCCCUCCCUGAAUUUGUGGUUGGGGUUGUAGUAUGUCUGAGACCAGACACUCCAGUGUAUUACUUUUGAUGUGCAUUGCAGCAUUGGACUCAGUUCAUGUAGA